AUGAAGGAUAAUUACAAUAAAAUGGAAAAUCCAAAACAUGAGUAACGUAUUCUUUAAAUAGGUAGCGAAGCAAAGCCUAUAAGAAUAACUAUAGAUUAUACUACGAUAGAUUAAGUAAACUUGGGAAUAACACAAUAAUAAAAAGACUAUUUAAUAAGUAUUAUGGAUUUAUCCAAGCUUUUUUUCUAGAAACUUUUGAAAGUAUACCCAUUUAUAGGAAAUAACAUAUUCCCUAAAACUUAGCAAAAAUUAUGUUAAGAUGUAGAAAUUCCUUAAUAAGAUAAAACAGUAGGAAUUGCAGAUUCCGAUUUACACUUGUAUGUCAUUUAUGUUAAUUAAAAAAACGGAUGGCAUGCAGAUGCAAAUUUUUGUGCUUAUGCUAACAAAGGAAUACCAAGACCUACUUUUGGAAGAAUUUGUUUUAACUUAAAUUAUAUAAAAUUUGAGGAUAAUCCAAAAACUUUUAAUAAUAAUUUGGACAUAACUAUACACGAAAUUUUACAUAUAAUUGGAUUUUCAGGAAACGCUAUUAAAUAUUGGAUAGAUCCUAAAACUAAUAAACCUUAUAACAAAAGAUAAUUGAAAAAAAUUUAAAUAACAAAAACAUACAGAAAUAUAAAAACGACUCUUUUAGCAACCAGAAAUGUUGUAAAAGUAACUAGAAAAUAUUUUAAUUGCCCAUCAGCAGAAGGAAUGUAGAUUGAAAAUUAAGGUGCCUCAGGUUCAAUAGGAUCUCAUUGGGAAAGAACUAUUAUAUCUAAUGAAAUGAUGACUGGAUCUGUAAUAACUGUUAAUCGGGUUUUUUCUAUAUUUACAAUUGCUGCUUUAAAAGAUACUGGUUUUUAUCCUGAAGUAAAUGAGAAUAUGUCUGAUGAUAUAUUCUGGGGAAAAGGCAAAGGUUGCGAUUUUUUAGAAAAAGCUUGUCAAAGUUAAACCGAAUAUCCUGAAUUUGCUAAAAUAACUAAUAAUCUUUAAUGCUCAUUUGAACACGAAGGAUAUGGUUAUGCUAAAUCUGAUUUAUAUCUUGACGGAUGUGCAAUAAUAUAACCUUCUUCAAAUUAAUUAUGUACAAAUCCUAAUAGUAUAAUUGAUAAAGAUUUAAAAAGUCAGGAAUCGGAUAAAUUAUCUAAUUAUUCAACUUAUAGUAAAUGCUUCUAAUCUUCAGCUUCAAAAUUAUCAUCUAUAAUUAAUAACGAUAGUAACUUAAGAUGCCAUUAAUUUAAAUGCUCCUCUGAUGCUUCUUAAAUAACUAUUAUGUUCCCUGAGAUUUAACAUGAAGUUUUAUGUCGAAUAGAAGAAUAAGGACAAAAAAAGGAUAUUGAUGAAAGUGGCAUUAAAGCUAAAGGUUAAAUCACAUGUCCUUAAGAUUUUAAAAGAUUCUGUAAUUAUACCCCUAUAUGUCCGAAUUUCUGUUCAUAAAAAGGAUUCUGUGUAAAAGGUUAAUGUUUCUGUCAAGCCGGAUAUGGAGGAACUGAUUGCUCUAUAAAAUGCUCCGGUGCAGUCCAUAAUCAAACUUGUAUUGAAAACUCAUAAUGUCCUUCAGGUUUAUUCUUGAACCCAGAUAAUACUUGCAAAUCAGAUUGUCCUUAAGGUUUUUUCGGAAGGGCAGGAUAAUGUUAGCCAUGUAAUAGUAAUUGUUCUAGAUGUACAGGUCCAUCAGCUAAUUAGUGUACUUAGUGUUAGUUUUUGACAUUAUUGUAAUAAAAUUAUUGUUUGUAUAAAUGUAAUGAGAAAUAUGGAUUUUCACUAAAUUAAGCUUCUGGUAAAUGCGAGUCUGAGAUAUCUAGAAUUUGUUAAGGAAAUUGCUAAUAUUGUCAUAAAAAAAAUUCUCCUUUGUGUUAUACUUGCAAAACAGGUUUUUUCUUUUAUUAAGGUGAUAAGUCGUGUUUAAGUAAAUGUCCAUUAGGAUUUAUCGAGUAAUAAAAGACUUAAGAAUGCUAAGAACUCUCUGUUGGUUGUCUUUAAUAAAUUGAUUUUAAUACAUGUAUUUUAUGUGAUUCUGCUAAAGGAUAUAUAUUAGAUACAGAAAAGAAAUGUACUUUGUGUAAAUAAAAUUGCAUAUCAUGUAAUCCUAAUGAUGCAACAGAGUGUUUAGUUUGCGAGGGAAUUAAAUUAAAGAAUUAUGAUGGUAGUUGUGUAGAUGCUUGUUUUAAUAAUACUUUUUAUUCUGAUAAUAGUGAAAAAUGCGAAAAAUGUACUGAAAAUUGUUUAUAUUGCAAUUAAAGAGAGUGUAAUUAAUGCUAAGAAGGUUAUUAUGUUGACUUUUAAACUAAAGCUUGUACUUAAUGUUCUUCUAAGUUUACUAAUUGCUUGGCUUGUAAUGAUUCCUAAUGUUAAAAAUGUAAUCAUGGAUACUAAUUGGAUUCAACUUAAAAGAAUUGUGAAUUAACCACUUUAGGACAAUGUCCUUAUGGAUGUGAAUCCUGUUCUUAAUAAGGAGUAUGUUAUAAAUGUAAAGAUGGAUAUUAUAUAAGUAAUGCAAGUUAAUAAUGUGUUAGUUGCACUAAUAUAUUCAGUUAAUGUGAAAAAUGUACUGAAAGUAUUUGCAUUUAAUGUAAUAAUGAAUAUUAAUUUGAUUUUAGAAAAAAGCAAUGCUAAUAUAUAUCUGCUACUAUUGAAAAUACAAAAAUAUUAUGUCCAAUAGGAUGUAAUUAAUGUAAUAAUGCUAGGGAAUGCUAAAAAUGUAAUUAUGGUUAUUUUUUAAAAAAAAGUAAUAAAUAAUGUUUAUAUUGUUAUACAAAAUAUAUUAAUUGUUUAAAUUGUACGAAAAAGCUAUGUACUACUUGUUUUUCUGGAUAUUAUUAUGAUUCCUAAUAAAAAGAAUGCGUAAAAUCUACUAGAUUAUUGCUCUAGGUUAAAAACGAGGAUUAAAAAUAAAAAAGUUAUUAACGAUUAUUUGAUUUUAUUAUUGGAUAUAUUAUAUUUGGAUUAUUAUUGUAUUGA